CCACGGCCUGGGCCCAGUAGGAACCAGGCGUCCGCGCCGCGCCGUCUCAUUGGCUGGUUGCAAGCGGUCCCCAGGACUGCGAUUGGCUGUCGGGCGGCCGGCGGCGUCAUGGAGGCGCCUGGGGCUCAGCGUGAUCCCCGGCGUGAGCCUCGGCCUCGGCGUGAGCCCCGGUCCCGGGAGCCUGCGAUCAGCGAGGAGCUUCGGAAAGGGCGGCGGCGGAAGAGGAGAAUCCAGGAGGAGCAAGAGGAAGCCAUCUUUCAUGAAGUAGUCAGUCUCACCCCGGAUCCUUUGCCGGUUAGAUACUAUGACAAGGACACCACCACUCCCGUCAGCUUUUACUUGUCCUCACUGGAGGAACUCUUGGCCUGGACACCCCAGGUGGAGGACGGCUUUAACGUGGCCACAGGCCCCGCCCAGUGUCGGCAGCCCCCCCUGAGCAGCCAGCGGCCCCGGACCUUGCUGUGCCAUGACAUGAUGGGCGGGUACCUGGAUGACAGGUUCGUUCAGGGCUCCGCGGCCCCGAGUGCCUAUGUCUUCUACCACUGGCAGUACAUUGACAUCUUUGUGUACUUCAGCCACCACAUGGUCACCGUCCCCCCGGUGGGCUGGACCAAUGCCGCGCACAGGCACGGGGUCUGCGUGCUGGGCACUUUCAUCACCGAGUGGAAGCCAGGCGGACAGCAGUGCGAAGCCUUCCUGGCCGGAGAUGACCACGCGUACCAGGCAGUAGCGGACCAGCUGGUCCUGAUGGCCCAGUUUUUGCACUUCGAUGGCUGGCUGGUCAACAUUGAGAACACUCUGAGUCCAGCCGCCGUGGGGAACAUGCCCCGGUUCCUUCGGUACCUGACCACUCAGCUACACCGGCAGGUCCCGGGCGGCCUGGUGCUCUGGUACGACAGCGUGGUGACCACCGGGCAGCUCAAAUGGCAGGACGAGCUGAACGAACGCAACAGGGUCUUCUUCGAUUCCUGCGACGGCAUCUUCACCAACUACAACUGGGGGGAGGAGCACCUGGAGCGCAUGCGGGGCCAGGCCGGGGAGCGCCUGGCCGACGUCUACGUGGGUGUGGACGUGUUCGCCCGGGGGAACGUCGUGGGGGGCCGCUUUGACACCAACAAGUCGCUGGAGCUGAUCCGGAAGCACGGGCUCUCAGUGGCCCUGUUUGCGCCCGGCUGGGUGUACGAGUGUCUGGAGAAGGCGGACUUCUUCCAGAACCAGGACCGGUUCUGGAGUUUGCUGGCUCGCUAUCUGCCCACGCACAGCAUCUGCUCCUUGCCCUUCGUCACUUCCUUCUGCCUGGGCAUGGGGACUCGCAGAGUCCGCUAUGGGCAGGAGGAGGCCGUGGGGCCCUGGUACCACCCAGGUGCCCAGAAACUCCAGCCCUUGUUUGGAGAGCACAGGCUGGAAGGGGACGGCCGGGGCUGGGUGAAGACUCAGGUCUGCUUGGCCGAUGCCUGGAAUGGGGGCAGCUCCCUGCUCAUCCGGGGGGCGAUCCCGCCCGAGGUCGGACACGUGGCUGUGAGGUUAUUCUCCCUGCAGGUCCCCAUGCCGCCCAAAAUCUUCCUGUCCCUGGUGUAUAAGCUGGAGGGGACAGCCAAGGUCAGCGUUGCUCUGGAGCUCACCACAGGGGACGUGGGCAGCUGUGACGUCGGCAUCUCCAUGUUGAAUGCAGAAACAAGCUCCAGGCACAGUCCCCGACCUCUCCGGGUGCCCCCCGCCAAGCUGGCCAGAUGGACGACCCGCUGUGGCCAGCAGCUCCCCGGGGGCUGGGUCCAGCGCUGCUAUGAGCUGAGUCUGCGGGGCUGCCUCCUGAGGGACCUCUUCAUGAGCUUUGCCCGGCUUCCGGGCAGCCAGGACGAGGAGAGCUUCGUCUGCCGCCUCGGAGAGAUCCAGGUGGUGGACGCGUACAGCCUGCUGAGCCCUCUGCCCCGGGUGCAGGGCGUCUCCGUGUCUCGGACCUGCUGGCAGCGGGCGGCCCCUGAGGGGACGGGCCCACGGCCCGGGCUGCGGCUCAGCUGUACUCUGCACUGGUCUUACCCCCUGACCCACGUCCAGUGCUUUCGGAUCCACUGUUGCCGAGGGACAGGAGGUGGCCCCUCUGGUGGGGGGCCACCGGGACCGGAGAAGCCCACGUUCCUGGGCCUGGCUUUUGUCAACCAGUACCGCGUGGUGGACCUGGUGGUGGCAGAGGCUGGGCCUGGCCAGGAGGGCCGAGUGGAGUUCCUGGUGGAGCCUGACCCCAGGGAGGGGUUCCUGGUGCCCCAGGCCGAGUGGGGCAGGGCGGCCGUGCUAUACUCCUUGCCCAGCACCUGAGCGCACAUUCAGGCCGGCUCCCCCACUCGGCAGAGGCCUGGGGCUCUGGGGUGCUGUGGCUUUUGGGGCGGGGGUCACUGGGUACAGGGGAGCCGAGGAGUCAGUUUGCUGGCCGAUGAUCCCCCGAGGUGCGUGGACCCCCCCCCCCCCGCCUCUGUCCAGUCCCUCUCUGUAGUACACAGUUCCCAGGGAGAGGUGAAAGGGUUUGGGGAAGUUGAGUCCAGAAAAUUCCAUAAAGGGCAUUUCCUCGUAGGCUCAUGCUGAGAAUGGUGACCUUUCAUUCCACAGAUGGAACAGUUAUAGGAACAAGUUUAAAUGAGUGGGGAGGCUUCGGAGCAGCCCCAGGGACAUUUCUGAGGGUGCAGGCUCCCAGCAGAGGCCUGGGUGGGGUGCAGGGGCUGGGGGCGGGGGCAGGGUGCUCCCUGGAGAUGGUGCCCGGGGACCCGCCUGCUUCCCCUUCGCAGUGGGGUCCCAGAGCCGGGCUGGCAGGGGGUGGGCACCACCCUCCAGACCGCCUUGUGUUGCGCCCUGUUUACUGUCCCCUGGGCCGGGCCCACGUCCCGAUGGGUCUCUCUGGGCUGGUGGCAAUGGGUGGAGCUGGCAUGGGUCCAGGCUUGGAGAGCAGCAGGCCCAGUAAGGCCUAGGGGCACCCCAGCGCCCCUCCCCGCUCUGGGGGGCUCCCUGGGUGGGCGCUUGCAGGCGCCUCCUGUGUGCCAGCAACAGCCUCUCCAAUGGCAGCCCCUCCCCUCCUCCCAGCACCUUCCUCGCUCUCUCUGAGUGCUGGGGGUGGCUUCUCCAGCCACACUGCCCCCCUGGGGACAGCUGGGCCACUGCGGUGGCCCCCUGGGGAGCCACGCCCCUCAACCUGCUUCUUUCCAGUGCCUGGGGGGGGGGGGACAAAGGCCUUGCGUCCCUUGUUCUUGGGACCUCUCACCCAGGACUUCCAGGCUAGUGACCCCUAUUGUCCUGGACUUCUGCUACAAGAUGGUGGGUGGUGCUAGGGGCCAGGACACUGUGGUCACCUCCCAGCGGCCAUGGGUCCCCGCUCUCGGUCGGUAGACUGGACUCUGUGCUGUAGUGAGGGGGAGAGGCCACCAGGUGGCAGUGCAGUUGCCGCUCCGCCAACGGGCUUUGGAACAAGUGGCGGGUAGGCUUGCAAGAUCAGCCUUGGGGACGUACGUGGAGGGGCUUCCAGGGCGACACUGGCCUCCACCUCCGCCUUCCCUACCUUCCCAGGUGCCCACGCUCCUCUUCCACAGCGCAACACGGCAACCUCAGGUUCCACGUCUUUCCUAAUCGGGAACGUUGACUUUUCACGCCCCGAGUGGGUGGCCCCGCCAGCUGGGGAGCAGGGAGAGCUCCAGCAGCCCGGGGAGCUGCCGCAGCGGCAGCCCGGCUUCUGGAGGCCCUGCCGGCCCUGCCGCGCUUCCAGCCUGCCCCUGGUCCUGACCCGUCCUGGGCUCCUGGCCUGUGGGCGUCGGCACGUGGGCCGGCCAAAGUGGGCAACACAGCUGGAACUUAAUUCACGAAGGCCUCCCCCCUCCUCUUUAAAUUGCUGGUUGCCCCGGAUAUUUUAUGCAGAGGAGGGGAAAUUUAUAGUGGCAAUUAUUUUCUCAUAGUCUAGUGAGCAAGCAAUUAGAAGGGAGCUCGGCAGAGCAGGGCGUGGCAGAGGCAGGCCAACCUGCUCCCCGGGAGUGGGGUCCCCAGUCCCACUGCCAGUCAGGGCUCGUGUGCGGCGGAAUUAAUACGUCGGCAUUUAAGCCCGUGUCCCCUCCGCCCCGCAGGUGUAAUCGCUCUGAAAUAAAUUACCCGACCCUGUGAAAAUAAACUGAAGUCUGAGGCUCUGUCCCAGCCCCGAGCCCAAGGCUUUUAUGUUUUUAGUUCGCAGUCUGCUGCUUCCCCCCCUGC